GGAUGUUAGUGUUCCCGCUCUAGGGAGACAGAUGAGAUAUUUUCACCUUUCCUCAACUAUAAAGAAAGAUAUUGUGUGGUAGAGAGUGCUCUUAUACCUAAUCUCCUCAUCUGACCACUUUGUUUACGUUUCAUUGCAGCAUUUUUGACAUAAACUAUCCGACACAAUGGCAUGUCAUUUCAAUGGUGCUCAGCUCGGGAAACGCACUGAAUCGAUCGGAGACAGUGAGAAAAGUGCUUCAAGCAAACACGAAUAUGGCAUCGACACACCAAACUUUCACCCUACCUUCCUCACUCCAGAAUUCAAUCCAGAGGGUAUGCAGAAGAUCGUCCAAGAAGGUAUCCUCCUUGCUGGUGGUGCAGUUGCCAUUCUCCUCCAAGUCGCCAGUCCAGGGGUUGGCGCUGGAGUCAAUCGGAAUUCCAAUUUUGCCUAUCGCGUCGAAGACCGCCUACGCACAACCAUGACGUUCGUUUACUGUAUGGCGUACGGCACUCCCGAGGAAAAGAAAGCAAUCAUCAACAUGGUGCACAGUGUGCACGCCGAAGUUCGCGGGGACGGCUAUUCCGCCGACGACCAGGAGCUGCAAAUGUGGGUAGCCGCAACACUGUACGCGACCGGCACCGACCUCCACGAGAAGAUCUUUGGCAAGUUGGAUGAAGCCUUCCUGGAACAAACAUACACAGACUAUUCUGUCUUAGCCUGCUCGCUGCGUGUGCCCCCUACGAUGUGGCCGAAGACUCGAGCGGAAUUCUGGAGCUACUGGAACGACAUGAUUGGCAAGCUCAGGGUUACAGAAGACGCUGUCAAUGUCAAGAAUGAUCUACUGUACAACAAACAUUAUCCGCUCUGGGUGCGUGUGAACAUGCCAUUGUUGCGAGUAAUAACGGCGGAAUGGCUUCCUCCUAGUCUGCGCGAGCCAUAUGGCUUCAAGAGGGAGUCAAGAGGGAGAAGAUUGCUGUAUGAUGCGGGCGUUGCGGUCAUAAGGUCAACGUAUCCAUUUCUGCCAGAGGCAGUCAGGUUUUUCCCCAUGAAAUAUUAUAUGAAGGAUAUGCGUCGUCGUCUUGCUAAGGGAGGGCAUGUGAUAGGAACAGGCCACAAGAUGCAGUAGGUAACUGUAGCCGUCUAAAACCGUGGCAUCAGUGUCAGUAUACAUGAAAGCCUUUUUGUUCGCCUUUGUAUACUAAGAGUUCUCUUCAUGGAUACAGAUGUUGAGCCGAGUACUUUCCAAUGUUAGGUAGCCAUUCUUCAAUAAUUUUCAUGAAGUACCUGAGUUAGAACUCAGCUCAGCAGGCCUUUGGAGACGAUAUUGGGAUUACUAUAUCUCCGUUAGCGAAUUACGGGGAAGCCGUGAUCACUGAAUAAUUGCCAGAGUAUUUCCGUGACCAUUUUCUCUCUUGACAACUCAAUGUGCAAUCAUCUUCCUCCACUGGCUGUGUCAUGGACACUGAAGUGAUUUCGAGAUUGUA